AUGGAUGAGAAGGAUGAGUUGUCUGACUAUAAUCUUGAUGAGUCCCAUGGAUACAAACUUCAAGGUGAUGAUGGUUUUGAUAAAAGAGAAAGAAUAACUUUAGAGUGGGUUGCUGAGAAACUCUAUGAAGAGCUCAAGGCUGACCUAAGAAUGUCAAGAGAAGCCAUGUUAGCUAUUUUUCUAAAAAGAUUUGGACUUCAAGUUUCAUACAUGAAGCUGUGGAGGGCACGCAAGGUUGCCCAUGAAUGGAAUGAAGGUAAUCAUGUAGAGUCUUAUGCAAUGUUACCUAGCUAUGCAAGGCUGGUUGUGCAAACAAAUCCUGGUAGCAUGUUCAUACUUCAAUAUGAGGACAGACAAGUGGAUAUGUCAACUAAUCCAGUCUUCAAGAGAUGUUUUGAAUGUUACAAAACAUGUAGAGAUGGUUUUGUGAAUGGUUGUAGAAAGUUUGUUGAACUUGAUGGCUGCCACCUUAAGGGUAGAUUUGGAGGGGUGUUGUUAUCAGCUAUAGCAGUUGAUGGGAACAACUCCAUAUUCCCACUUGCAUUUGGAGUGGUAGAAAUUGAAAACAAAUCCAGUUGGAGUUUUUUUUUGGAUUGUUUGCAUGAUGCUCUAGGGGAUGCAAGUGAUAACAACACAUUGACUUUUAUGUCAGAGAACCAGAAGGGAUUGGCAAAGAUUAUUGAUGAACUCUUCCCGUAUUCUAAUAUUAGAUGUUGCAGUAGACAUCUAUACCAGAACUUCAAGGCAAAGUUCCCUGGAUCUAUAUUGAGAAGAUAUUAUUGGGCAGUUUCUGAAACAUCUACUUUGGUGCUAUUUCAAAAGGCAAUGGAUACCAUUAAAUCCAUUGACAAUGCAGCCUAUGAAUGGUUGAAUAGGAAAUCACAUACAUUAUGGUCUAGGCAUGCAUUUGAUUUGAGAUGUAAGAAUGAUUUUAUUACAAACAAUCUCACUGAGAGUUUUAACAAUUGGGUUGGAUCUUUGAAGAGCAAGCCAGUAUUGAAUUUACUUGACUCCUUCAGGAUGAAGGUGAUGGAGAGAUUAUACAAUAGGUACCAAAAGGGUUGCCCAUAUGAAAGUAUAAUCACCCCUAAGGUGUUGCACAAAACAGCAACUAUUAAAGAACAGUCCAUACAUUGCCAUGUCUUUGUAUCUUCUCCAUAUGAAUUUGAAGUUGCAGAAAACUUUGUCAAAAAGUUUGUGGUUAAUUUGAAAAAGAGACGUUGUAUAUGUAGAGUAUGGGAGUCUAAUGGGGUGCCAUGUAAGCAUGCAGCUGCAGCAAUCUCAUACAAGAGAGGGAUUGUUGAAGAUUACUGUGAUGAAUGUUACAGUAAGCAGAGACCUCAUAAGAACAAGAGGAGGGAACCUGAUGAGGGAGCUCUUGCAGAUUUUAGAAAGAGAAGUAGGACUGUCAGAUGUGAUAGUUAUAAAGGACUUGGACAUAACAAGAGGAGAUGUGAGAGAGCUCCAGUCAAGGAGAAGGGGGCAUCUUCUUCUACUACUUCAAGGUCCAAAAAGGUUGAUGGGAACUGUAAAGGACUUGGACAUAACAAGAGGAGAUGUGAGAGAGCUCCAGUCAAGGAGAAGGGGGCAUCUUCUUCUACUACUUCAAGGUCCAGAAAGGUUGUAUAUGGGUCUUCAAACAAUGUCAUGUAUUUUGAAGUUUUAGUGCUUUGUGGAUGUAGGUUGAUGGGAACAAUUUUAGGAUGUUUGAAAGUUUUAGUGUUUGAUGGUGGAAUUAUGUGGAACGUUGUAAAUUUUGUCUUGUUUUAG